AUGUCUUUUCGCACGCGCCGCGGUGUGACUCCCCUAGUUCAAGCUUCCAGAGUUCCGAACACCCCUAGUCGCCCGGUUAACUCUAACCCAACGACCCCGGCCAUUGAAGCGAAGCGCAUAAAACGUCCGCGGUACAAUACCAAGGAGCGCGCUCGCAGAGUGUGUACUUGGUCGGAGGAUUCGAACGGGAAGGCCCUACCGCGUUGCGACGACUGCACUAAUCGAAACAAGAAGUGCAGCGACAUCCCCUUUUCCACCGAGAUCCUGGACCGUUACCUUGCCGCCCUAGCGGAUACGUCUCCUGCCAUAGAUAUUGCCCCUAUUAAUGGGCCCCGUGCUGAUUUCCUAAAGGCUAUGAAGCGGUAUACCCAAGAGAGUAACCGCGCGGCCAAGGAUAGCAGCAAGGAGACUACCCUACAGCAGGGAUUCUCGUCGUCGUACUGGUUCACCUCAUUCGAUAGUUUCCGUAGUACGUGA